GGGUCAGAGCCGCGGACAUGCCGCUUCUACGCCGAGCUGCAUGCAAUUCUAGGUGGGGCUGCCACCACUACCCCACCUGUGAUCGUGGAUUCCGGGUCGGGGAUAGUCUCAUCAGCGACACCUGAGGAUUCUGCCGAUGGGGGAGAGGAGGAGGAGGAGGAGGAGGAUGAGCUUGCAGAGAGCACACAGCACUCCGUUCUCCCCAACAGCCAGGAUCUUUUUCUCACCCUGACUGAAGUACCCUCCCAACCCUCCCAAGCCAGUACCCAAGACUCUGACCCCAUGGAAGGGACCUCAGCAGCUGCAAAUUCCUCAAGCCUCCCUCCUCCAUCCCGAAGGUUAUCACAGAUAAGGCGUCGUAAGAAGAGAACGCGAGACGAGAUGUUUUCUGAAAUUAUGGAAUCCAGCCGCAGUGACAGAGCUCAUCUGAAUGAGUGGAAGGAAACAGUUUCAAAGUAUAGGAAAGAAGCCAGUGAACGUGAGGACAGGAGGGACCAACGUGAGGACAGGAGGGACCAACGUGAGGACAGGAGGGACCAACGUGAGGAGAGGAGAAACGCUCGAGAUGAGAGGUGGCGGCAAGAAGAUCAGAGUAGGCAGGAUGCAACGCUGGGGCUGCUGCGUGAGCAAACAGACAUGCUCCAGCGUCUGGUGGAGCUUCAGGAACGGCUGCAGGAAAACAGACUGCCACUUCAGCCCCUGUUCCACCCUCCCCCCUCCCCAUGUUCCGUAUCCUCCUCACCCAGACGUGUAAGAACGCGGGGGGGGGAGGCUCCGUACACCUUCCCAUUCCACCCCAGUAGACAGCCCAAGCAAAAGGCUGUCAUUUUUUUAACCUUUUCUUAGUGGCUUUUUCCUUCCCAGCAAUCCU